AAUUGUUAUUUUCGGUCCUAAGACACCCCACUGGCAUUCUAUCUUACCGCUAAAUCCCUCUUUUUUCCGAUCAGUUUCUCCCCUUUAGGGCUGAGCGAGUCGCCCCUCUUUUUUCCGAUCGCUUGCUGAAACUACUUCCGGUGAGGAGAUGAGCUGCGCUCCCAUAAACGCCUGCAAUUUCAAUGCUUCCUUUUCAUCACUCACUGCUCCUCAAAGGACUUCAAAACUGACCACAUUAUCUUCAACUUAUCUGGGUACAAAACUCUCGAAAAAUGCAAAAGUAGGUGUAUCCAGACAGCAGAAUCUGUGCACAACUGUAUGCUUAUUUGGUGGUGGAAAGGGGAAGGCAAGCAAUGACAAUGAGGCUUCUCCAUGGAAAGCGCUUGAGCAAGCCAUGGGAAAUCUGAAGAAGGAAAAGUCAGUUGAGGAUUUAUUGAAGCAACAGAUUGAAAAACAAGAAUACUAUGACGGAGGAGAUGGUGGUGGAGAUCGUCCAGGUGGUGGCGGUGGAGGUGGCAGUGACGCUUCUGGUGGAGCAGAGGAUGAAGGCAUUCCAGGGAUCUUGGAUGAGCUAGGACAAGUAGUCUUGGCAACUAUGGGCUUCAUAUUUUUGUAUAUCUACAUAAUUGAAAGCGAGGAGAUCACAGUGUUCACAAAGGAUAUUCUUAAGUUUAUCUUUCUAAGGCAAAAGAGUAUUCGUCUUGGGCGCACAAUCGCACGGUGGGAAAGCUACUUCAAAAGCCUGAGUGAGAAAGAAGUAGAUCCAUAUUGGUUGGAAAGUGAGAUUCUUAAUACCACUACUUGGUAUGACAGCCCCACAAAGUAUAGGCGCAUUCUCAGACGGUUGUAGUCCGAUUCUUAUAUUGAUAGGAAACCUUUUCAACCUUUUCUCUGUGCUGUCAAAUUUUGUACUGGUUUAAACAGUUUCUUACUGCCUGUUUGAAUAAGAGAAUGAAUGAAGAACAGAAAAAAUGUUCAUUCGUGUUGGAA